AUGUCUUCAGUGGAUUCGCCGAAACGGUGGUCACACUUGAGUAAAGUGACGGAAAGAAUGGGUCCUUUCGUUGUGGACGGCUUCGAGGGCUCGCCUCUGGUGUUGGAAGCGGUGAAAGAGUGUCGCGUUUUGGUGAUCGGCGCGGGAGGGCUCGGCUGCGAACUCAUGAAAGACUUGGCGCUCAUGGGCUUCAUGAACAUCUCGGUGAUCGACAUGGACACCAUCGACUUGUCGAACCUGAACCGGCAGUUCCUGUUCCGGACGGCAGACAUCGGCAAAUCCAAGGCCGAAGUGGCGGCGAAGUUCGUGAUGGACCGCAUCCAAGGCUGUCGUGUUGUCCCGCAUUUCGCCAAAAUACAGGACUUUGACGACGAGUUUUACCGUCAGUUUCAAGUGAUUGUCUGCGGUCUGGACUCAAUCAUCGCUCGCCGUUGGAUCAAUUCAAUGGUCUAUAAUCUGCUUCAGUUGGACGAAGAGACGGGAGAAGUGGUGUCCACUGUUCCGCUCAUCGAUGGCGGCACCGAAGGCUUCAAAGGCAACGCUCGCGUCAUUCUUCCGGGUUAUGGCACGCCGUGUAUUGAAUGCACUCUCGACUUGUUUCCACCGCAACUCAAUUACCCGCUCUGCACAAUAGCCCACACGCCUCGACUUCCGGAGCACUGCAUUGAAUACGUGAAAGUCCUGUUGUGGCCGAAGGAGAAGCCCUUUGGCGAAGACGUCGGCAUCGAUGGCGACGAUCCCUCACACUUGCAAUGGAUUUACGAGAAGUCUGUUGAGAGGGCCCAGGAGUUCAACAUAGAGGGCGUCAACUAUAGGCUCACUCAGGGAGUAGUGAAGCGCAUAAUACCGGCCGUCGCGUCCACUAAUGCGGUGAUAGCGGCCGCCUGUGCCACAGAAGUGUUCAAAAUUGUCACCUCUUGUGCGCCGCAUAUGAAGAAUUACAUGAUAUUCAACGACAGCGAAGGCAUCUAUACGUAUACCUAUGAGGCCGAGAAGAAAGACGACUGCAUUGUCUGCAGUAAUGUUCCCAAAGUUAUUAAAUUCAAAGCCGAAGACAAACUCGAAGACGUGAUGGAGUACCUGAUGAACGAGUAUCAGAUGCGAGCGCCCGGUAUUGUCACCACCACUGCUGAGGGGAAGACUAAAUCGCUUUAUAUGAAAAACGUGGCCUCAAUUGAACAGAUGACUCGACCCAACCUCAAGAAGACACUCCAAGAGCUCAAUCUCGUCGAUGGACAGCAUCUGAUUGUGGCCGACGUCACGACUGUUAACUCUUUGACGUUUAUUCUUAAAUUUGUUUAA